UUUUUUCUCACACGUUGAAGCGCGAUGUGGCUGCCGCGGUGCAUUGUGGGAGCCGCCGAUUGUCGCAUUUCCGCUGCCAUUGUGCGCAAGAGACAGUAAAUAACACUGAAGCUUCACUCAAAACACGCUUUAAACACGACUUCUGCUGAGGUGAGUGUGUGUCAGAAUGGCCCGUACGAAGCAGACCGCCCGUAAAUCCACCGGAGGAAAAGCUCCUCGUAAGCAGCUGGCGACUAAAGCGGCCCGUAAGAGUGCGCCCUCUACUGGAGGAGUCAAGAAGCCCCAUCGCUACAGGCCCGGGACCGUGGCUCUGCGUGAGAUCCGCCGCUACCAGAAGUCCACCGAGCUGCUGAUCCGCAAGCUUCCCUUCCAGCGUCUGGUGCGAGAGAUCGCUCAGGACUUCAAGACCGACCUGCGCUUCCAGAGCGCCGCCAUCGGAGCCCUGCAGGAGGCCAGCGAGGCGUAUCUGGUGGGUCUGUUUGAGGACACAAACCUGUGUGCCAUCCACGCCAAGAGAGUCACCAUCAUGCCCAAAGACAUCCAGCUGGCACGCCGCAUCCGUGGAGAACGAGCCUGAGCUCCUCUCUCUCGCUCUGUGUGUGUCUCUCUCUCGCUCUCUCUCUCUCUCUCUCUCUCUCUAUCUCUGUCUGUCUCUGUCUCUCUCUCUCUCUCUCUGUGUCUGGUAGUUGUAGAGUUCAGUCCUGGUGGGGUGGGUGGGCGCUGAUGUACGUGGUGUCUGUGUUUUUUUGGCAGCAGACUAUUAGGGUACUUCCUGUUUGCAUGUACCGGCCUGUGACCGAUCGGCCUCAAACACACACACACACACACACUCUCUGUCUGUCCAUCAAUCAUGAGUGAAAGUUAAAUAAGGCGGUCAGGGCUGAUGUCUGCGUUCAGGGCUUUACGUCUCUAAUGCAGGGUGCUAGAACAGCCCUGACCCGUCCCAGAAUUCCCUGCACCGUCCGUCACGAGCACACGUGUGUGUGUGUGUGUGUGUCGAUCAGCACGGCGUUUGUAUACGAGUCCGAGCAUCUCUUCAACAAAUGUUCAUUAUUGCAAUAUUAAGAAUUACUUUUAAUAAUUAUUAAUCUGAUUCUUUUAUUUUAAUGCAUUCAUAUAAGCUUGUUUCACAGAUCUAGAGCAUAUUUUUGAAGGUGGAGCUUCUUAUAAAGACAGUUUUACAUCACAAAUCGUGUUUAUUUUCUAAAGGAUGAAUUAGUGUUCAGUCUGAAGCGUGUGAAGGGAGGAUUGCUGUUGAGUUUGGUCUUGAUUGGAGAAUCUGGAUUCACACUGAAUAAAUAUGUAUUGGCUUGAUACUGUGUUUGAGUUCUGCCACGUGAUCUUCCUUCAUUAAAGAGCAGUUUUCUACUCAUCCCUUCAGCGUCACACGACUCCUCAGGCAGACAUGGAAACAUUAUUAUUAUUAUUAUUAUUAUUAUCAUUGAAUCCUGCUUGAUUUGUUCCUCCUUGAUUCAGCGUUUGACUACAGAACAUUCAGGUGUUUCAUAAACAGAUCUUUGUAAUUUGAAAUUUCUCUUAAUUGCGUAAUAAAUUGAUGUCACACA